UGUGAGUGACUCGUCACCGGGAUCUCGGGACAAAUAAACGCUGCUUGUCUUUCUUUUUUUUUUUCUCCCCUUUUCGCUUCCAGGCUUCUUCUUCUUUUUUUUUUACUCAGCUGUUUCUUUGUGUAAUCUGACAGCGAGCUUCGGAUGUGGUUUUGUUAGUCAUUACUCGCCUGGUGGAUAGCGACCGAGAGGUUUAUAUGGGACCAUUUGAAUUUGUGUGCACUUCCAUUUGAAGUGAACGGACGCAAAGACUUAUAACCGGACGCGCACAAAUGAAAGAGGAGCGUGAUUUUUCUUGAUGUGGCAGCUAUCGCCUCAGCAUUUCUAUUGCUUUCAACUUGGAAAACUUUGACUUUUCGCCUGUUUUCUGUUUUUUUUUUUUCUUCUUUUCCUGAGUACAAAAAAAAUCAAGCGUUUUAAUUUGCUUUGAACGGAGCGCAGGAACACUUCACUUUUACGCGACAUUACGCGGAAACGCCACCCGAUUGUAAAAUCAAGCAUUGUAAUGUUGCUUAUUUAAUUUUGUUAUUAUUUUGCAAUUGUGUACAUAUUUAUUGUUUUCGUUACGGAGUCGUGCUUUUCGCAAGUUUCCAACUUGCGCGAGCCUUUUUCCCACCCUAGGAGAAAUAUUGCGUGUUUGUGUCCGUUCAUAUUAAAGCGGUACAAUGAGCUGCAGCUGAGACCGGCGAUUUAAAGACUUUAUUCCUGAACUUUAGUGGCUCUGAUCCGCGGACCAUGAAGCCGGCCACCUGUCUGCUCGCUGCACUUCUGUCGCUGUGUUUACCUCUCCUCUCCUGGACAGCAGCUCUGAGCAGCCAUGAAGUGUCGAGCUUGGUGUUGACCCAGUGGGAAUUCAACGACGUAGCUAACAUCAGCACUUUCCUAUUGGACCAGGAGACUGGGAUACUCUACCUGGGGGCACGAGAUGCGAUUGUUGCCGUGGAUACUGCCAACAAAUUAAAGUCUCCCAAGAUUGUAUGGAACGUUCCAGAAGAGAAGAGCAGAUCUUGUGUGACGAAAGGAAAGACGGAGGCUGACUGCAAUAACUACAUCCGUCUACUGGAGUUCCUGGGAGAUGGACGCAUUUAUGCCUGUGGCACAUAUGCCUUCGACCCCCAGUGUGCCUUUGUGAAUAUCUCAACCUUUAGUCUGGAAAAAUCAGAGGAUGGCAGAGAGAAGAUGGAGAUUGGGAAGGGUAAAUGCCCCUUUGAGCCCAGCCAGCACUAUACUGCAGUCAUGGCAGGGGGAAUCCUGUACACUGCUACUACAAGCAACUUCCUGGGCACUCUCUUUGACAUCUCCAGAGCAACAGGCAUUGAGCAAGAGCGCAUCCGGACGGAACGGUCCAUCAACUGGCUCAGCGAUCCGGAGUUUGUCAGCUCAGCCUUUAUCCAAGAGGAUCAAAUGAGCAACCCAACAGGUGAAGAUGACAAGAUUUACUUCUUCUUUACUGAGGUGGCCAAAGAAUAUGACCUCUACACCAAGGUCAAAGUGCCCAGGGUGGCUCGAGUGUGUAAGUCUGAUAUCGGGGGCAUGAAGACCUUACAGAGACGCUGGACAACAUUCCUUAAGGCUCAGCUGGUGUGUGAGGAUCGAGGGAGUGGCCAGCGCUUUAACAUUCUGACCGACGUCUUUACCAAACAGCACCGACCGGGAGACCCCAGCAGCACACACUUCUACGGUAUCUUCACCUCGCAGUGGGAGAAGGAGGAAAUGUCUGCAGUGUGUGUGUACAGUCUGGAGGACAUCACUAAGGUGAUGGAUGGACCUUUUAAAGAGCUGAAAAAGAGUUGCGAGAACUGGAUGAACCCAGAGCCAGUGCCUACACCCAGACCAGGCCAGUGUCUGAACAGCGCUCUUAAAGCAGAGGGCUUCGAUUCGUCUCUGAAGCUGCCCGAUAAAGUGCUGACAUUUGUGCGAGACCACCCUCUCAUGGAGAACAGUGUAGUGUCAGCACCCCUACUGGUCAGGAGUGGAGUUACAUACACCAAACUGGCUGUAACACUGACCCCCGUCUCCAACGGCAACAAGCUUAAUGCUACUGUUCUGCAUCUUGGGACAGAUCAUGGUGAGCUUCACAGAAUUGCAGUAGUGGGACCGAAUGCAACGCUUUUGCAAGAAAUCCCUCUUUUUCCAGCCUCAGAGCCUAUCAACAAUAUCCUUUUAUACAAGGGUCAGGCUCUGGUCGGUUCUCCCAACUCUCUGGUGAAGUUACCUACAGAAGGCUGCUCUCUCUACCGUACCUGUGAAGUGUGUGCACGUGCACGUCCACUCGGCUGUGUGUGGAGACAGAAAGAAGCUGCCUGUAGCCUGGCCAUCACAGAACCUGAUGAAGUGCUAAGUUCUGAAGAUUCGGUCAGUCGGUGUGGAAGGAGUGACAAUCGCUGCUCUACUGAGAUUCAAAACCUGCAUGUGGUAGAGGGGCUGCAUGUACUUCUGCCCUGUGUGCAGGUCUCACCUCGUCCCUGCCACUGGCAGCACCCACCCCAAAGACACAUUCGGCGCCGCCUCUCUGACCUGGAGGUACGGGUCACUUUGGAAAGCAAUGGCACUUACAAGUGUUUCUGUGAGGAAGCUGGGCGAGAGCAGCCAGCCUGUCCCAAGGCUGCAUACACACUCCUCCUACAGGAACCGAGUGCGAGUUCGAGCAUCAUGCAUGUAUCCAGCCGUCACUUUGUGGCCGGGUACUUGCUAUUUUUCAUCAUUGGGUUUGCACUUUGUGGCUUACUCGUGUGUCUGUUUCGCCGACGUUACAAGAGAAGAGGAGCUGGUCAUUCUUCAUCGACCUCAGAAAAGGAGCGGGACCUGCUGCCCUCUUCAGACACACCCCAAUCACCCAGUAGCGCCAGUCUGUUCUCUGAGGCGGUUCCCUUUACAGAGAAAAGGAAUGGGACGCUGAAUGGGCAUGGAGGUCAUAUGUCUGAUCUGAAGUGUGGUUAUAUUUAUGCUAAUUCAGGUGGACCCAAACAGGAUACUUCAGUCAACAUGAAGGAAGAAUUUCCUGGCCGAGAGAGGGCAGGACCAGAAGGAGAGGAGGAGGGACUAGGGGAUGGACUCAGUGAACUGGGGGAUGGACUAGUACGACUGGAUGAAGAAUUUGCUAAGCUGCAUGUGCUGAGAGGAGCACCGUUAGCACAGUGUGAAGAGAGCUCCAUCUAAGGACACUUGCACCAGGAACCACAGUAAAUAAACUGUGCACAUAAACACACGUACAUCCUUGACACUACCUAUAAGUUUGUGUGGUAGCUUGUAGCAAAACAAAAGAUUUAAGGAAGUGUGUGAAGGCAAAUGUGUGAGCCUACAAAGACAAACACACAUACACACCCAUUAAGAAGCUCUGUGUUCUCUGGGAGAUCUUCUCAAGCGUGUAUGAAGCACAGUGUGUGUUCAUAAGAGUGUGUGUUACUGACCAGAGCGAUAGAAGCAGACUAACUGCUCUCACCAUUGUGUUCAACCUUUUCCAACAAAAUCACACAAUCCAUGUACUCAAUGUGGCAUGUGUGCAUGUUUAACCUCUCUCUGAGCUGUUUUUAGCCCAGGACUGAACAAUCCAAAUCUGUCAUGGACUCAGAAAGCGAGACAUCAGACCAAACCGUAUUUGAUGACUAAACACCAAAAGAUCCACCAGCUUUAAGCAAAGUUUCCUUAAAGUUCUCAUAUUGUUCACUAUUGACUCUUCACAGUCGGUCAGCAGAGAUUUCUAGUUGUGGGACGGACAACAGAAGCACAUCUGCCCGCUGCGUGCAUGAGGAAGACUAAGAGGUGCAGCAAGACCACUGUGCUGAAAGCAGGGGUAAUCAUGCAUAUGCUCAUAUAAGAGUGACAAGUGGAAUCAAACAACCUAUAGAAUAAAGUUUGAAGUAUAAAUGUUAAUUUAUGCCUAAAAUAAACUCUUACCAGAGUACUGAUGACAUGCAGAGAAAAUAAACGUACACCAGUAUGUUUUAGUUUUCAUAUAGAAAUCUUCAUCUAGGCUGAAACUGUAAUUACCAAAGUAAAGCAGGGAAAAUAUCCAGAAGAAGCGUUCUUGCCAAACACGGUGAGGCAAAAAGUCAUGGUCCUACCAAGAAUUUAGAGCUACACUUCUAACAUGACUUGUUUGUUUAAUAUUCAUGAUGUCUAUAACAAAUAUUGUACAUUUGAAUAUUCCAUAAAAUAUUUCAUUGUUUAUUUUGUAGUGACAUUUAAACCUUUCCACCAUUGUAACAGUCUGAAUUGUUGUUUUCCGUACAUCACUGCCAUUUUUCUUUAUGUAAUCGUUCUGUGUAGUUUUGUUUGUUUUUGGUUUUUCUUGUUAACGUGACAGUUUUGUCUAAUGGAAAUAUAACACUCAGGAACAGGCUUUGGAUCUUAAAUACAUAGUCUACUGUCAGCAUUUGGUAGCAUAGAUAACCAUAGGUACAUAUUUAUCAUUGAAAAUAGUACUACUAUUUCCUUACCACACUGUACAAUGUCUCAAAAUGAAUAUUAUCGAUUGACCUAUUAUUCCUGAGUGUUAUGUUUUCUGUUUUGGCUUCUGAAUAAAACAAUGUUAAUUAAUGUACAGAUGUUAUAUUCUAAGGUUUUAUUUUUAUAAUUUAUAUAAUAAAUGUAAAUUUGUUUUGAACAGAGAUGUUUGUGUGCGCAUGACCAUAUGAAAAUUAUGGUUUGAUUAUGGUUUUUUAAUAAAACAAAAUAACCCUGAUGGAGACAGUGGGCACUUUUACUGUACCAUUAAAUAUUAUACAGAAUAAUGAAAAUAUUGGUAGAGUAAUUCUCUGUUUAUUCGCAAACAUUCUAGCACAUCAAAAUGACUGUGUUUAAAAAUUAGUUUCACAGAUUUUCUUGUUGCUGACAUUUGACCUAGAAGCGGCAGUGGAAGUUUAGCCAAACUGGUUAUUGGAGUAGCAGGUGAUGGCAUUUUUUAAUUUAGAGUUCUAUCGUUGAAAUAUUAUUAAUAAAUAUGUAUAUUAAUAUUUAUUAAA